AGUCACGCCAUGGAGGACCAAGAAUCGCUGGGUUUUGAACACAUGGGGCUGGAUCCCCGGCUCUUGCAGGCUGUCACUGACUUGGGCUGGUCGCGACCUACGCUGAUCCAGGAAAAGGCCAUACCUCUGGCGCUGGAGGGGAAGGACCUCCUGGCUCGCGCCCGCACGGGCUCCGGAAAGACCGCAGCUUAUGCUAUUCCGAUGCUGCAGUUGCUUCUCCACAAGAAGGCGACAGGUCCUGUAAUGGAACAAGCUGUGAGAGGCCUUGUCCUUGUUCCUACUAAGGAGCUGGCACGGCAGGCCCAGUCCAUGAUCCAGCAGCUGGCCUCCUACUGUGCUCGGGAUGUGCGAGUGGCUAAUGUCUCAGCUGCUGAAGACGCAGCUUCUCAAAGAGCUGUGUUGAUGGAGAAGCCAGAUGUAGUGGUGGGGACCCCAUCCCGAAUAUUAAACCACUUGCUGCAGAACAACUUGAAACUCCGGGACUCUCUGGAGCUGCUGGUGGUAGACGAAGCUGAUCUUCUUUUUUCCUUUGGCUUUGAGGAUGAACUCAAGAGUCUUCUCUGUUACUUGCCUCGGAUUUACCAGGCUUUUCUCAUGUCAGCCACUUUCAAUGAGGAUGUACAAACUCUGAAGGAGCUGGUGCUACAUAACCCAGUCAUCCUCAAGUUACAGGAGUCCCAGCUGCCGGGACCAGACCAGCUUCAGCAGUUUCAGGUGGUCUGUGAGACUGAAGAAGACAAGUUCUUGCUGCUGUAUGCCCUGCUCAAGCUGUCACUGAUUCGGGGCAAAGCCUUGCUCUUCGUCAACACUCUGGAGAGGGGUUACCGGCUCCGUCUUUUCCUAGAGCAGUUCAGCAUUCCUUCCUGCGUGCUCAAUGGAGAACUCCCACUGCGCUCCAGGUGCCACAUCAUCUCACAGUUCAACCAAGGCUUGUAUGAUUGCGUCAUAGCGACAGAUGCUGAAAUCUUGGGACCCCAAGUCAAAGGCAAGCGGCGAGGCCGUGGAUCCAAAGGAGACAAGGCCUCUGAUCCGGAGUCGGGCGUGGCCCGGGGCAUAGACUUCCACCAUGUGUCUGCGGUCCUCAACUUUGACCUUCCUCCCACUGCAGAAGCCUAUGUCCAUCGAGCAGGCAGGACAGCCCGUGCCAACAACCCAGGCAUAGUUCUGACCUUUGUGCUGCCUACCGAACAGUCUUCCUUGGGAAAGAUUGAGGAGCUUCUCAGUGGAGAGGGUGAGGCCCCCAGCCUGCUUCCCUACCAGUUCCAGAUGGAGGAGAUUGAAAGCUUUCGCUAUCGCUGCAGGGAUGCCAUGCGCUCGGUCACUAAGCAGGCCAUUCGAGAGGCGAGAUUGAAGGAGAUCAAGGAGGAGCUUCUACACUCAGAGAAGCUCAAGACAUACUUUGAAGACAACCCUAGAGACCUUCAGCUGCUACGCCAUGAUCUACCCUUGCACCCGGCAGUGGUAAAGCCUCAUUUGGGCAAUGUCCCUGACUACUUGGUUCCUGCUGCUCUUCGUGGCCUUGUGCAUCCUCGGAAGAAGCGGAGAAAGAUGCCCUUCUCUAGGAAGGCUAAGAAGGUGAAGACCCAGAACCCACUGCGUGACUUCAAGCACAGGGGAAAGAAACCUAAACCUCCAGCAAAGCCUUCUUGAGGUUGCCUGAGCCUGAGGACACUGAAUUGGGCAUCCUGGCCUGGAUGGAGUGGGCUUCCCACUCUGUGGGCACAUUGUGGUGCUCACUAUCUGGACAGACUGUACUUUGAGGAAGCAGCUUUGGACACUCCAUCUCCUUGGUACUGCUGGGCUACCAUUUUGUCCAUUAGCAGAAUAAAGAUUCCAGCUGUCCCAGCCUGUGACCCUCUGGAAUGUGGGAAGAGACUGCUUUCCCAAAUCUCCAGAGUUGACAGACUUUGAAAAGGUGGCAUUGUCUGGGUCUGCUGCUGAAUGCAGUGCCUCAGUUGGCGAGCAAAGGCCAGGUGUCUUGGUUCUGCUGGUUUAGUGUUGGGCUGUGGCUGAGCCAGAGCCCUGUAUCUAGUUCCUACGGUUCUACUGAUCCAGAUCAGCUGACAGAUGGGCUUGUCUUCUAAGGGCAUUCCUGACCAUAAGCCCAUGGAUCUUACCAGCACAUGCAUGUUUACAUUCAGAGGGAAAUGCCACUAAGCCCUGGGAGCCAAGGAAGCUAGCUUCCCUUCCUGGAUGAAAGAUCAUGGCCGUUUGUGUCUGUUUCUGAAGCACAAGUGGUAAUAUAAGGAAUGCACACCUACGAGAUUCUUCCUCCAUGUCCCAGCCCGAGCAUUGGCUACAGGAGGGUUCAGAGGAGAUGAUUCUGCAUCUUCACUCAGCGUCCUCCUACCUGUCCCAUAUACCACCAUUUUACCCUAUGGCUGUCUGCUUGUCACUUGGCUAGGCUGAGGUGGAAAGAGACACUGGGAGGUGGGAGAAGAGAGAACUGUCAAAUCUAAGUGAGGCUUGGCUUAUAGUUAGGGUGUGUGGCUUGAGCGACAGGAUCUGAGACUUGGGGGUUUCUUUAUCUUAACUCCAUGUAAAAAGCUGAGUGCGGCAGUCUGCAUCUCUAAUUCUGUCGUGUGCCUUUAGGUAAGGAGGGCAAAAGGAGCUUGCUGGCUAGGCAGUGUGGGCAAAACAGAAAGCUCGAGGUUCAGGGAAAGACCAGAUCCUAAAAAGUAAGAUGGAGAGCAGUAGAAGACGAUCCUGGUCUCAAAGUAUGACCUCUGCAUGAAAACAGCAUGUACCAGCACAUGCAAGAAAAGAAUAAGCAAUUCCUGGCCUUUCCCUCCCUGCUCUGCUGACAGCCCUGGACUGUUGAGUGUGCUGAGGUGAAUGUUGCAUCCAUGCUGGCUGUUCUGUGGCAUUGUCUAUGAUUCUGUCACUUUCAUUAGCAUGGUGAGGACAUGUGCCCCAGAGCCACCCGAUGGAGAGACUGGGUUUCCCCAUGACAGUUCUUGUGGGACAGUGAAGCUGGUACUCUGCUGUGUAAAGUCACCAAGGCGUGGGACCAGGGCUGUGGCAAUAGGUAUGCAGGUUUUCCUUCCGACUUGGAGCAGCCCUUGGGAGGCUGUUCUCAUGGUCUAGUUGAGGUAGCUCAGCGGGACUGGUAUGGUGGCUCAGCGGCCUAGUGAAGAUGAGGUCACACAGCAGGUGGGGCUAGGUAGGAUUUGGAGUCUGGCCUGGUCACCAGUACAAGACCAGCUGUGUGCAUCGUUACUACAGUAGCUAGAGUUCCUGUGGGUUCUGCCGUUACUCCACCCCCUCCCGUGAAUGUGACCUGAGUGCUCGAGUGGUCUGCUCACACCUCCGCUAGCUCCAACAGGCCCUUCACUUUGGGAUGAAAUGACUUAGGUUGUGGAAAAGAUGGUCCCUGUUUUCUUUAUUUUAUUUUUUGGUUUUUCAAGACAGGGUUUCUCUGUGUAGCCCUGGCUGUCCUGGAACUCACUCUGUAGACCAGGCUGGCCUCGAACUCAGAAAUCUGCCUGCCUCUGCCUUUCAAGUGCUGGAAUUAAAGGUGUGCACCACCACCGCCCGGCAUUCCCUGUUUUCUAAGUAGUAGAGUAUGGAGAGCUCAUUGCCUUUCUUUUUUUCACAUGAGAGCUUUAUUGUCGGGGAAGGGGACAAAGAGGCGACAGAGACAAAGAGAGGCCUUUAGUUUUUUAUAACUUAAUAUUGAUUUGCUAUUGAUUCUUUGUAAGGUUCACAGCAUACACCCCAAUCGCACCCAUCUCCUUGUCCCCCAACCCUUGCAGCCUCCCCUACAAAACACGAAAUAAAACAGCAUAGAAAACACUGA